CAAUGAAAACGCGGCAUGGGAGGAGUUGGAACGUGGCAGGCCCCGCCCCCUGGACUUUGUGCUUUUGCAGUCGAGUCCGCGUCUCAUUUUCCGCUUCGCAGUUUGUCCUCUUCGGAGCUGCCGUCCUUCCGCUCCCAUUUUAAAAGCUGUACUCGGGACAAGAUGGCUGCCGCAACGAGUCGCUACUACAGUGAGGGAGGAAGAGCCACUAAAAGGCAAAAAACGGACAGCGACGGAAUGACCACGGAGGUUUAUGAGGACCCUCAUAAGCCCCUGCCCUCGCUGGUGGUGCACAUUAGGGGUCUGGUGGACGGCAUCACCGAGUCUGACCUGGUGGAGGCGCUGCGAGAGUUUGGCACCAUCAGCUAUGUGGUGCUGAUGCCGAACAAGCGCCAGGCUCUGGUGGAGUACGAGGACAUGGGCGGCUCGUGCAACGCGGUGACGUACGCCAACGACAACCAGGUGUACAUUGCUGGACGCCCCUGCUACAUCAACUAUUCCACCAGUCAGAAGAUCUCUCGGCCCGGGGACUCAGGCGAUGCCCCCAGUGUCAACAACAUCCUGCUCUUCACCAUCAUGAACCCCAUCUACCCAAUUACCACGGACGUGUUGUACACCAUCUGUAAUAACUGUGGCCCUGUGCAGAGGAUCGUGAUCUUCAGGAAGAACGGCGUCCAGGCCAUGGUGGAAUUUGAUUCGGUCCAAAGUGCUCAAAGAGCAAAAGCAUCACUCAACGGAGCCGAUAUCUACUCCGGCUGCUGCACCCUCAAAAUCGAAUAUGCCAAGCCAACUCGACUUAAUGUGUUCAAGAACGAUCAGGACACUUGGGAUUACACCAACCCGAGUCUGAGCGGCCAAGAUGCUGAUUCAGACGGCAAUUGGAACAGUUCUCAAGACCCCACUACAAAUCCAAACAAGCGCCAGAGGCAGCCAGCUCUGCUUGGAGACCACCCACCCGAAUAUGGCGGUCCUCAGAGUGGUUACGGUCACUAUGAUGAAACGUACGGCCCCCCUCCUCCACACUACGAGGGCCGGAGAAUGGGACCACCUCUGGGCCGGACCCGUGGCGGCCCUCGUUACGGAGGCCCUCAGUACGGUCACGGCCCUCCUCCUGAAUACGCCGCUCAGGCCGACUCUCCCGUCAUCAUGGUUUACGGCCUUGACCCCUUUAAGAUCAACGCCGAGCGCAUUUUCAAUAUCUUCUGUCUUUAUGGCAACGUUGAGAGGGUGAAGUUCAUGAAGAGUAAGCCAGGUGCUGCUAUGGUGGAGAUGGGGGACUGUUACGCAGUGGAGAGAGCCAUCUCGCAUCUCAACCACACCAUGCUCUUCGGGCAGAAACUCAACAUUUGUGUAUCAAAGCAGCAGGCUAUAAUCCCCGGGCAGUCAUAUCAGCUGGAGGAUGGCAGCACCAGCUUUAAGGAUUUCCACGGCAGCAGGAACAACCGCUUCAGCACUGCCGAACAGGCGGCCAAGAACCGCAUCCAGAGGCCCAGCAACGUCCUGCACUUCUUUAACGGCCAACCGGACAGCUCAGUCGAGAUCUUCAACCAGAUCUGUGAAGAGCUCGCCAUAAAGCCUCCAAACAGCGUCAAACUUUUCACAGGAAAAAUGUGUGUCGGUGCUGCAGGUGAGAGGAGUGCGUCUGGUCUGUUGGAAUGGGAGACGAUCAACGAUGCGAUGGAAGCGCUCUCCGUGAUGAACCACUACCAGAUGAAGAACCCUACCGGACCGUACCCCUUCACUCUGAAGCUAUGCUUCUCCACGGCCCAGAAUGCUAACUGAACCCUGACCUCUGACCCCACAAUGUGUCCCAAGGUGGCUCUGUGGUUUUUUUUUUUUUUUUUUUUUUUUUGUACAAAUGUAGUGUUUUUGUUCCUAUGUGAUUUUUUUGAUCAUUUUUAUUAUUGUUUAAGCUCUUUUUUCCUGCCCUGUAUAUCAUGGCAAAUUAAGAAAGAUAAUUAAAAAAAGAUGUUUUCGUUCUCUAAAUAAAAGCCAUUAGUAAACCCUGUCGGAAA